GCCACCUAGGGAGGAAAACACGCACUACUUAAAAUGCAGCAAAAUAUCUGAAUUUUGUGAUAAAUCAGCGAUAAUUAGGUAAACCAUAAUGGCUGAGUUUGCAGCACAUUUGACAACAGCUGCUGCUGAAGACCAACCAACAAUAUUUGAUGUUCUUGCACAAGAAAAUCUGAUGACUUCUAUAAGACCUGCUCUGAAACAUGCCUCAAGGAUUCUAGCUGAAAGUAAUCCUGGAAGAUUUGGUUGGCUCUAUGCAUACAAUGAUGAGCUUUAUUCCAUACUUGACAUUGUUCUUCAAAAUCACUACCUUAGGAAAUAUGGUGGCUCUUUUGCUGAGAAUUUCUAUGGAAUGAAGCGUAUUCCUGCAAUGUCUUCAAAUGAAUCUGCUAGUAAUGCAUCAGAUACUUCCAGUGCAGGCUCGUUCUCCAUUGGGAAAUCUCUAUUGUAUUUGGUUGUGUGGCAGUACUGUAAGUUGAAGUUGGAUAAUGUGUUUGAAUCCCUGCCACAGCAAGCAGCAGAUGGACUUAUAGGAUCCAAGACAUACUUUGAUCAGCUGAAGAGACUCUUUCUCACUGUGUAUCCAUAUCUACACAUGACAUGGGAGACUUCUGUAUUUGCUUACCAAAUGGCAUACAUCUUUGGAAAAGUUGAAAUUCAUUCUCCCUUGUUGAAGCUGGCUGGAGUUAAACUGAGAUACAUGGAUGAGUUUGACCUGGCACAUCAUCAAGGGGAAAGAUCAGUCAAGACUUUAGAAGGCAUAAGUUUCCCACAAAGAAUACCAAUUCUCCUCAGGAAAAUUUUAGGAGGUUUUGCAAUUGGACUCUCAUCUAGUCUCUCAGUUGGGGUGUUCUUCAUUCAGUUCCUGGAUUGGUGGUAUUCCAGUGACCGUAAUGCAACUUCUCUCACAGCCCUCCCAGUGCCAAAUUCCCCAAAGAAAACUGUACAUGCGGCUUUACCCAGAAUUCCUUCAUUGUGUCCACUUUGUCAAAGAAAGCGUACAAAUGACACAGUCUUGUCAACAUCAGGAUUUGUCUUUUGCUACCCAUGUAUCUACAAAUACGUGAGACAAAACCACAAGUGUCCAGUGACAUCAUACCCAACAGAGACGGAACAUUUAGUAAAACUCUACCUACCAGAUGGAUAG